AUGGUAACUGUGAUAUUUGUAUCAAUUUUUGCUAUAAUUCAUGGCGGUCAAGCGGCUUCACAAAUAGGCCAAUUAAAUCCGAAAAGACGGUGAGUUCUGGCCGAAAAUUUAUGAUUUUCUGAAAAUUCAAACUCAAAAGUUCCUAAUCUCUAUGUUUAAUUUCUUUGAAUCUCUAUUGAUGCUCCAUAAAAUCCACUUUUUUACAGGGCCACAACCUACAACACAACUCUAAUCAAAGACACCACAGAUCUGUUGACUGGAAUCAUAGAUGGUCAAGACAAAUAUUUCCGACCAAUCAAUGAGGAUAAUUCACCGCUUGAAGUUGAAGUUGAUAUAAGUGUCAGAUCAAUGGGACCAAUUUCAGAACAGAAAAUGGUUGGUUAGUUCGUGACUUGGUGUAAUUUGACUUGAUUUGAAAAAAUAGUAUUUUUUGGUGGGGGCAGAUAAUUAAUUAAUUACAGGAAUUCUUGCUGGAAUUUCUUUCAUUUUCAAAUAAGAAAAUCAGGAAACUAUUUUUCAAGAACUGAUUUUCAAAGCACAAAACCAGGUAUUAUCUGUUAUCUAGGUUCCAAACAAGAGUUAGCUUAACUUAAAUUAAUUUUUUUGAAUUUCAAAUUCGCCUCCUAACUUAAAUCAGGCAAAUUGCAGGAAUUUUCACUGGAUUGUUAUUUUCGUCAAAGAUGGAUCGAUAAAAGGCUCAUUUUCAAACCAAUUGAUCCAAAUAAGAGGGAGAUACCUUUGGCGAGUUCGAUGUUGAAAGAAAUUUGGGUAAGACUACGAUCCUCUCUCUCCCAAACCUUCCCAUUUCCCAGGUUCCCGACACCUACAUUCGCAACGGUCGUUCUUCCUACCUUCACACUCUCACAGUUCCCAAUAUUUUGCUUCGAGUCCGCGCCGAUGGUCAAGUCCACGUCUCUCAACGUCUCACAAUUCGUUCGCGCUGUCAAAUGUUUCUCAAAAAAUUUCCGAUGGACACACAAGCCUGUCCGAUAGAAAUUGGUUCACUUGGAUAUUUUGCAAAAGAUGUGAUUUAUAAGUGGAAAAAUGUGGAUUUGGAUAAGAAAAUGGGAAAUAUGUUGAGCCAGUAUCAAAUUUUGAAUACCACUCGAUUUGAGGAACAUGUCAAAGAUUAUCGAUAUCCAGAUAGAAGUUUGUCUAAUUGUUUUCAAUAAAAAACAUUUCCAUUAAUAUUUUCAGACAUCUCAACACUCAAAGUAUUUUUCAAACUUCAACGUCAACAAGGUUACUAUAUUCUUCAAAUCUACACACCGUGUACUUUAGUGGUUGUGAUGUCUUGGGUGUCAUUCUGGAUUAAUAAAGAGGCGUCGCCAGCCAGGGUUUCAUUGGGUAUUAUGACGGUUUUGUCAAUGUCAACUAUAGGAUUUGGUUUGAGGACGGAUUUACCGAAAGUAUCGCAUUCUACAGCUCUCGAUGUUUACAUACUGUAAGUUAGUGCUUCAAGUUAAAAACAGUAUUUCAUUCAAAAUUGGAAGAAGAGGUUGUCUACAUUUUCUAGGAUAAAUCUACUCAGCACUUGACUCUGUAGACUGACUGUACAAAUUUCGUUGAUACUUUGUACGGAAACGGGGAAGAGAGAAUUGCACAUAAGUAACAUCCGUUUAUCUACAAAGUAGCUACAGAACAGCAACGGCGUAGCUACGGAUUCAAAAAUAAUAUUUAUAGAGCGGUCACUUCACUUAAUUUCUGUCCGCGAAUUGUGUAGCUACAGCGUAGAUACGCUGUACCUACGUUUUCAUCUCUGAUUGUGUGACGCUUGGCAGCUCUCGUCAGAAUUUAAGGUGUGUGUAUCAACUAUUUGGCAUCUGCGUAGCUACGAAUUUGAUUUUUUUCGUAGCUACGCUGAAGAUAAAAUGAACCUACGGUUUUCGGGAAAAAAGUGUAGGUACAGCGUUCAUUCGCUGUAUUCACACUUCUUCAAUUUGUACAGUCAGUCUACAGAGUCAAGUGCUGAGUAGAAAUCAACAACAUAGCCUCGAAAGCCUACUUCUAAACCUAACGUAAGCCAUUUUCAAUUUCCUAUUCUCAAAUUUUACAGAUCAUGUUUCGGUUUCUUGUUUGCUGCAAUGGUCGAAUACGCAGUGAUAAAUUAUGCGCAAAUAGUUUACAUUCGGAAACAAGUUCAUGAUUUGAAGGGUCUCGAACAGAAUAGUGCUAUGAGAAUGUUUACAGCUGGAUUGAUUGGAGCAAGAAGAGAUACAAUUCAGGUGGAUGAUUUGGAAGUGGAAAAAGAAGAGGCGAGAAGAGCUGCAAUUCCAUGGUGGAAAAGGAUUUGGCAAGGCGAACAGCAGGGAAAUACUUCGAGUGAGUGAAUUAGGAGGGAUGAUUAUCUAAGUCGGAUUCAAAAACUCAUGAAGAAGUUUUCAGAACUUUUCUAACACUUUUAAUUGAAAUGUAUUUCCUAAAUCCAAAAAUUGUUUUCAAAAAAAAACUAUUUUAAAGCUACGAAAAAACCCUCUAAUUUUGCCACGUCAUAACUUAUUUAGUUUUGUCACCAUUUGAAAGAGGUAAGUCUACACCAUCACAAAACUAGUUCUAGAAAUUUUUAGCACCACUUUGUUCUAAAGUUUCUGAAAAAUAUCAUUUUUUCAGAAACUUUCCUAUCAAUUUUGGAAUGUCAUUCUCACCUCAAAAUUAUUUAAAAAUCCUCAUAUUUUCAGUGUUUUACCGUGUUGCAAUGAAAGCCGCAAUCGCCAAAAAAACACUAGGUAAUCGAGAUCCCGCUCAAGUUGUCAAUCGAAUCGACGCAGUUUCUCAAGUUAUAUUUCCCACCCUGUAUAUUUUGUUCAAUUUUUUUCUAUUGGAUUGCUUAUCUGUAUAUUAUUCCUGAUGAAAUUGACACCGUAUUUGGGAUUUUUUAGGGACUUCAUGAGAGGUUAGUCCUGUAUUUUCCUUCUCAAUCCGAAAAAUGUUUCCAUUUUUCAAUGUAUAAUUACUCUUGACCCCAAUCCACAUUUCUUUUCUUUUCAAAAAAAAAACAGAUUAAUUUUUGAUUCAUUCAUUUUCUCAUUUAUGUGUGUUUAUAUUUUCUCUUCCCUAUAUCAUGUUUUUUCAGAUUGUUUUUCUUCAUAAAACUAAUAUCAAACAAUAAUAAAUCAUAAUUUUGACCCGAUUCUUUGGUUGACCGGAAGAAUGUGUUUUUUAUUGAAACGCAUGAAAUUUAUGGGAUUUGGGAUUUUUAGAAAUUUUGGAGGUCGGAUGCGCAGAAAAAAUAAAACAUAUGGGUGAUAAUCUUUGCCGCCUUCUCUCAGAAACAAAGCUCCAUUUCGGAAUUUUCAGAAUAUUUUAUCCUAACUUCAGCACUAACAAGGCAACAUUUUCCGAAUAAAAAUUUCGAAAAAAUGUUUUUGUGAUUUAUUCCUGCAUAGUUAACAUAAGUUGAAGAUCGUGUGGGGGAAAAUUGUAUUUGAAAAAUAUUUUUUUCAAAUUUUCUGAAAUUAGAAACGUUCAGAUUUUUCCUUAAAUUUCACAAAAGUUCCCACCUAAUUUACUAAUUUGAACUUUAAUUUACACAUUCAAAUUGAAUUUUCGUUUAUCACAAUUUCAAAACGUUCAAAAACUGCCAUAUGGAUUUUUUCAAAGUAUUCAUUGGUAGUAUAGUUCGAAGUUCGAACUUUCCAGGUCAAGUAUUUUUCCGAUCUUCCGGGUUCAAUACUUUUUUCUUGCUAUUAAUAAUUCUCGCCAAUUAAUUCUCGUUUAAAAAACCUUUCCCCAAGAAAAACCAGAUUUUUCUCGUAUCCCAAAACUGUUUCACUUCAUCCCUGUUUUGUUUUCCAUUUCUUUCAUCACAUAAUUUCGGCUACAAAAAUCACACAUGUACUUGGGCUAAGCCAAGGAGGCUAGGUGUCAUAUAAAAUAUAAUAGAAAAAUGAAAUAAAAAUGAAGAGAAGCGGAUUCAUCCCUGAAUAAAGGAGAAAAGGAAAAACUGGUUUUGUGACUGGCGCGUUUUUUUUGUUCGGAAGAAUGAGAAGAAAAGAAAGGCAGCUAACAGACAUCAUUUUGAUGAGAACAACAAAAAAUUAAGAGAUGCGGUGGAUUUUAUUUUAUUGGAAUAUUAUUAUUGAAUUUUUAGGAAUUUUAAUUUUAUUGGGAUUCUGCUUAUAGAAUAAUUUUCGGUAUUGAAGAGUUUUACGUUUUUUUCAAAACCACGUGGCUGGGUUAACUUAAUUAAAUUUAAUUCAAAUAUGAUUCUUCAUCCUCCGACUGAAACAUUUUGAAGUUUUUAGUACUAGAAAACUUUAGAAACUUAAAAAAAAUGUUAUUUUUCCACUGUAAUAUACGUUUCAGAAUUAUGUAAAAAUUUUGACACAAAAAUGUACAUUAAUGUUUUUCAAAAUUUAUUUUGUUUACAUUUAUUCUUGUCUAGGCUCAACAUAAACUUUAUAUUCUACAAACGUUAUUCUAACAUGAGCAAUGGCACAAGGCACAGUAUACCACCAAGUGACCUGUAAUCUCCGAGAAUAUGAGUGUUGACCUGUUCUAAGGCUAACCUUAGAUGAAUCAGAAAAAUUUUAUCCGUAAUCUACAAUUUCAGAAUUUCGAAAUUAAAUUCUGAAAACUAACCCUGAAUAAUGAAUAAAAAAUUUCAAAUUCGCGUGCUCAAAAUCCCCGUGGCGUAAUUUAACUUUAUAUAUUAAUUCCUAAAAAACCUAUCAUAAUUUCGUUUUUCAUCUUCAGAUUUUUUGACUAUAUUCUACUUUUAUACCGAAAAACCCUCCUAAUUUCUCCAAUCAAUUAUUUUCUACAUGUAUUUCCGAUAUCUCAUUUUUUCUGGCUAACAUUGGAUUAAUUAAUUAAUUAAUCAAUUAAUUUGCUUAUUUGAUAAAGACUUUCUCUAUUUCAAAAAUUUCUCAACCAAAUCCAAUCAAUUUCACUUUUCUCAGUCAAAAAAAGAUAAAAAUCUUCGGUUUUGGCAGAUUUCACUUUGGCAAAAAAUGGAUUUUAUUUUAUUCGCUAUAAAUUCCUCUCGUUAUUUGGUUUUCUAUUUCAUUUCGAUUUUUCAAGGUUUUUCGGUAACAUUUUUGCCACGUAGAAAUUUGUAUUCAAAAUUUUUGAGAUUUCACAAUACUGCCACGUUGCAAAUUUGAGCUUUCCUAGUAUUAAAAAAUCGAGAAUUUUUGAAAUUUGAAAUUCGGGUUUGAAAUUUGAAAUUUCAAUCAAGUUUUUAAGAAGUUCUACCUAGAAAUUAAAAAAUUUCAACGAUUGCUGAUCUUUGAAAAGUCCAAGGAUAAGAAAAGUUUUUUGCAUAUAAUUUACACGAAGAAAAAACGAUCCAAUUUUAUUAGAUUGCUUUUUUUUGUUGUUGGUGAUCUAUGACAAAUUUCGUUUUUUUGGGAGUUAGUUUUGAUUUGGCUUGGUGCCAAAAAUGUAGUUUGAACAUUUUUCAGAACUUUUUCUGAAACUCGAAAUUUUUGAAAAAUUACAUUUUUCGAAUUUUAUUCAACUAGAGUCGAUUUUUGAUCAUUGAAAUUUUCAGCAAAUUCCGGAUUUAAUUAUUAUAGUGAACAUUUUAUGAUAUGUAAUUAUAAAAACGGAAACAGUUUAGUUUUACGAAUAAAAAAACUGUCUAGCCAAAAUUGAAUGACGUAUUAUAUUUGGCUUUUAUGAUAAUUGUAAGCAAAAAAGGGAAAAACUGGAAUCUGUGGACAGUAUGUUGCGAAAUUUUCAGAAAACUUGAAAUUAAGGCCUAAACACUAUAAUCAAAUAUUUUUUGAUUUUCAGAUUUUUUUUUUGGAAUAUCUUGGUUUUUUUUAAUUUCUAAAAUUAGCGAUUUUUAUGCGAAAAAUUCAAAUUUUCUGAAACUUUCGUUUUAUGAAGAAACAAAGUCACUAAAAGCAUUUGCUGUAUUUUUUUGUUUAAAAUAUCGAUUUUCUCUCCCUGAAAAUCUCCCAUAAUCUCUGAUAACCCAAAACUUUCGAUUUCUCCCCAAAAAUCUGCCAAAAAAUCUCACUUUCUUUUUUCCACCACAUCUCUAAAAAUUAGUAAAAGCUUAGUUAGCUGAUUCAGAAAUCAUCUCAAUAAACUUCAGAAAACCGGUUUGAUUUGAUUAUGAGGAACAGAAAGCAGAAAGAAAAUCUUAGUUUGGCAACUACAAAAAAUCUAUGUUUAUCUUUUUUUUUUGUAACACAUUUUUUCGCGCUAAAAUUUUUUUUGUACAUUUUUUAGAUUUCUAGAAAAUUUCUAGCCAAUAUGGCCUAAUUUUUCUCGAAAAAUUGAUCUUUCAAAGAAUUUAAUACAUCUGAAUUUUUUUCUCACACUUUUCGCGCUACAAUUAUCCGAAUUCAAAUUCAAAGUUUCUACAGAUAUGCAAAAAACAAGAUGAACGAGACACAAUGGUUGGAUCGCGUUUUUUCGAAUACUUCUUUGGGACAUCGAUUAUUGGAUAGGUACUGUAGCAUACUGUAUUUACAGUAAUCCUAGAUUUGAUUUUAGGUUGACUUUGACAAAUUUGCGACAUGCCUUUUAUCUGAUUUCGCCUUAUGAAACGAGUGUGGAAUCGAUUAAUUUGGUGCCGAAUUAUAAUGCAGAGGUGAGCGAAGAAUUUAAGAAAAUACACGUGGACCAACUUUUCAAAAAACUAGGUCAUCUCAAAGCAGCAGAAUUCAGAACUUUAAACAAUCUAUAUCCAUCCAAAUUAAAAAAAAAUGUGAAAAUUAAUUUUAGGUCUCCGCAUGGUGGCUCGUAUUUCUCGCCGCCGAAUUUUUCAUUCUCUUCCUCUCCGGCCACGAUGAUCGAUUCGCCUUAAAUGAUUCAAUAACAUCAAUCUGCGCUGGAAUGUUGAGUCAAUGUUUCAAAUUCAGUGGUCGAGCUGUCGCAAUCUUCCUAUACGUCAUAGUUUGGGACAAUUGGCGGAUAUUAGAAUUACCAUGGGAUUCUCCGUGGACUUGGAUUCUUUGCCUAUUUUUCCAAGAUUUUAUGUAUUAUUUGGGACAUCGUGCAGUUCAUGAAGCUGGUUUCUUUUGGGGUUUGCAUACAAUUCAUCACAGCUCAGAGUAUUAUAAUUUUUCGACGGCUUUGAGACAAGCUGCGAUUCAGGAUGCUGGUUUGGCAAUUUAUGAUUGUAUUCAAGCAUUUUUUAUACCUCCUCCUAUUUUUUUGGUUCAUCGAUAUUUUAGCGAAAUUUUUCAAUUCAUUAUGCACACUUCAGUGAGUAAAAUGAGUUAGAACUCAAAAUGGAGCUCUCAUUUUUUUGCAGCUAAUUGAUACGAUGGGACCAUUGGGAUUGGUAUUCAAUACACCUUCACACCAUCGAGUUCACCAUGGUAGAAAUCCAUAUUGUAUUGAUAAAAAUUAUGGAGGUGUUUUUAUUAUUUGGGAUAAGGUGAGUUCAACAGAGAUUUUUCGGAGAAGAACAAAAGGAAAAAUACCAGUCAAGCUUAAGUCUAGACUUUUCAAAAUAUUUUAAAGCCAAAAAACAUUUCAGAUGUUCAACACAUUCGAAGCGGAAAGAUCGGAAGAUCCUCCAAUCUACGGUCUCGUAACAAAUGAAAACACUUUCAAUCAAAUCUAUCUUCAAUUCCACGUGGUUUGGGAUAUGCUCUUCCUAAAAUCCCGUGCAAAAAAUGCCAAAGGCGAGCCAAUCUUCCCAGGAGUUGCCAACAAAAUCAAAGCCGCAGUUUUUCCGCCAGGCUGGCAACCAGGAGUUCCGAUAACUCCAUUUUUUCACUGGAUGAGUAUGGUUGAUCCAGCUUAUGGAGUGCCGGAACCACAAAAACCUGUCGUCAAAUACAAUCCACCGAUUCGGAUUCUGGUGAAAAUCUAUAUUCUGGCGUAUUUUGUAUUGUUUAUGGCCAUAUUUUUUCAUUUUGAGUACGAUAGAGCGCAUUUGAGCUAUUUGGACUGCACGCUGAAGAUUGCCUUUUUCGUGUUGACUAUGCAAUGUAUUUCUGCAUUUUUUGAUGCCAAGUGGGUUUUUUUUUCGUGAUUUUUACACCCAUUUGUCCAAAAGCACUACGUUGAAGAUUUCAAAUUAUUGCUCAUGUUCACAAUUUCAGAAUUUCCAUAGCAUUGAAAUUCAAAACUUAUAUCAUUCCUUAUAUUAAACUUUCAAAAAAUCGUUUUUUACAGAUCCUAUGCCAGAUAUCUGGAAAUUUUGCGAUGUUUCCUAGUUCUGAUUUAUUACGCAGUUCUGCUUUUCGAUCAUAUCGGAGCUGGAACUCAUCGCAUUUUUGUGAUCUCAAUUCAUAUUUUAGCCAUAUUCUUGUGGACAGCCGAUAUUUUAUAUGAGGUUGGUAUUUCUUGUCUGAAAAUUUCAGCCUCAAAUUUUUUGUUUGCAGAAAUGCUCAUGCUCUAAGGUUGCCGAAGUCAAAGAGAAAGAGAAAAACGGCGUCGAAAUUUCAGUGAUCUCGUGA